AUGAAGAGGAACGUUUUACUCGCAUUGGGGGGAAGAAGAUCGGCAAUCGCGUUGCGGACAUACUCGUCACUUUGCGAUCGCUUGCAUCGCGAAUUAACAUCACGGAUACUCCCUUUGCACUUUGAUUAUUUGCAUACCCAGCCUUCCCAUCUUCUGAGCUUGACAUUAGCUGAUCUUCUUCCGGGGGAUCUUAUAUCGUCACGUAUUCAUACGGCUCUCCCCUCAGUCACCCAUGCAUCUCGUAUGCCAGCCGGCCAUCACCUGGCUUAUUUUCCUCCGCAGGUUACGCUAUCACAGUUGCUACCAGACGGUACUGAUAUCUUACAUAGCCCCGGUGGACCUUUUGAGAGGCGUCUAUGGGCCGGUGGAAGUGUGAGAUUUCCUGUCACAGGUGGUCUGAUUCUCAACGGCGCUCGAGCUGUCUGUAUCGAAACAAUUCGUGACGUAAUAGUCAAAGGACGUCAAGGGGCAGAGAAAGUAAUAGUUAAAAUAGAGAGGCGAAUGGGCGUGGUACGGGAGGGGGAGGAGGAAGGCAGUAUCAGAGAGCGGAUAUGGAAGGAGACCGAAGACGAAAAUGGGCAUGCUACGAUCAUUGAAAAUAGGAAUCUGGCUUUUAUGCGGAAGAAAACACAAGAUGAAUUGAACUUUGACAGAAUGGAUUUUGAUAACUGUCAGAGAGUUAUAAAACCACCUCCUAGCCCCGAAUAUCGCCUUAAAAUCAAGCCGACAAGAUCAUUACUGUUUCGCUUCUCUGCUCUUACAUUCAAUGCUCAUUCCAUUCACCUGGACGAGGCUUAUACUCAGAAUGUAGAAGGUUUCCGGAACCUCCUUGUGCAUGGACCGUUGACUCUGACACUAAUGCUCACUGUCCUUGAAGCACAUCUCGCCAGGUCUGAUCACACCAUCAGGGAAUUUGACUAUCGAAAUGUGGCUCCUCUUUAUGUCGAUGAACCUCUAACCAUUUGUGGCAAGCCGAAGUCUGGAAAGGAAAAUGUAUGGGAUGUAUGGAUUGAAGGAAAGAAUGGAGGCCUGGCAGUACGCGGUACUGCUUUUACAAGCCCAGUGUAA